AUCGCCAUAAAAAAGUAUUUGAAUGAAUAUUAAAAUAGCGCGGUAUUUUCUCAUCGAAGAUUUCAACAAUAGAGUUGAUUAGCACAGGCGUAAUUAGCCAUUGUAUUUAUUCAGCGAUAUUUGCAUAGCACUGGCUUUACCACAUAUAAAACUCUUUUUAUAAUACUUCCAUACUGCUAAAAUAACCCCAUUUGAAAUAGCUGUAUAAUAGCAUAGAUUGAGUAUGAUGAUGUUUGCAGUGUGCACAAAAAAAGUAGGUCAGUCUGUUGAUGACACAAAGGUUGAACUUAAUUCGGUAAUGCCUGCAGUUUGAUUUGUGGUUAGGCGCUAAAUUACCGUCAAUAUCUAUAUUUAGAUAAUUAUAUGUACGAUAAAUAUACUGACGAAAUUAUUCAAGUAAUUAGGAGGGUAGAUGCAAAUUGGGCCGAGGGAAAAUUAGGCGAUCGUAUCGGCAUAUUUCCUCUGUGCUUUGUUCAGCUGAAUGAAGCUGCAAGAUGGCUUAUAGAAUAUCACGAAGUUGUCCAGAAUUUGCACGCCUCUCCACCUUCCAAUCAUAAUCAAAACGCUACUGCUUUAAGCGAGUCAAUCCAAUCCAAUAUUAGCCAGCCGAAUGUUCUUUCCUGCAAUCAGUCAUCGUUGGUGAAUUCUACGCGUUCAAACAAACGUCAUUCUUGUACGACAUUUCCUGCCUCAUCAUCCUCUCAAAGACAUUCGGUUAAUUAUAGUUCAACUUGCGCUUCGCCAAAAUCUUCAUCGUCAGCCGUCUACGUUGCCCUAUACUCAUAUAAACCGGCCAAUGCGGACGAAUUAGAAUUACGUAAAGGCGAAUUUUAUGGCGUAAUUGAACUUUGUCAGGACGGAUGGUGUAGAGGUUAUUGCAUUCGUACGAAUAAGUAUGGAGUUUUUCCGGGUAACUACAUUCUUCAGACCGCCCGUCAAGCCCGGCCGGCCAAGAGGUCGCAAUCCAGUCCAGCUAAACAUAGAAAUUUCCCAAAAACGAACGCAGUAAACGUAUUGACAGAAAGUGGUGCAACUAACAGUCCCAGGACGGUCACUCAUACCAGAACAAUUACGAAUGUUACUCAAGCGCAAAAUAGGGCACUACUGACAAAUACGACUACGGCUUCCAAUUGUACGUCGAGAUCUUCACCUGUUUUAAGAAGAUCGAUGGCAGGUCAGGUUGUUUCUAUAGUCUCACCUUCCCAAUCGGCUACUCCAGCUGCUAAAAGUUCCUCUUCAAAGGAUAAAACUGAUCGAUUGAAUGGUUUAGUGAAGAGAUUGACGAAAAAGAAAACGAAAGAUGUCCGUCCGGAAAAUGAUAGACGGGCUUCUACUAGCUGUUUAGAAGAGCCGCUAAUUCCUAUUCCUGUACCGUCCACUAGUAAAAGUGAGGAUCAACCGACUCAACCAGCAAAACCAAAGGCUUUAAGAGAACGCUAUCGUUGUAUUGCACCUUAUCCGGCUCAAAGUGGUUACGAAGUAGAAUUAAAGGUCGGUGAUAUAAUCUACGUUCAUCGUAAACAAAAAGAUGGCUGGUUUAAGGGAACUUUACAAAGAACCGGAAAGUCAGGCCUGUUCCCGUCCAAUUUUGUCGAAAAGUUCUAG